AUGGCUUUCUUUGGCUUUGAUACUACCCUACCUAGGGACCGCGAUGGUUCCGGGCCUAGGGGGUUCUUCGAGACCCCAGAUCCCUUUGCGCAAGUCGCUCAAGCUAGUGCGCUCGAUGAUGACGCGAUUGACUUUGAGGAUACCUACGAUGGUCUCGGUGACCAGCUCGACGAUGACCAGGACGAGUUCAACGAUGACACGUUUGGUGGACCCGGGCCCGAAUCAUCCGGAAGAGACUUCGAUUUCUUUGGGAAGACUGCUCAGGUUUCGGAUGCGAUUGGCGAGGAGCAGGUUCGCUAUAGUCUGCAAAAUCCCAAUGCUCCCCGUGUAGCCCAGCCGGUGGCUCAACCCGUCCAGCAGCCCGCCCCCCAGGUUAAGCGCUCUGGCUAUGAGAAGUACUCGGAGCCAGGAUAUAUUCCGGACUUGCAAGCCAAGUCCAGCGUUUGGGGAGUGUCGCAGAAGAAGCCCGAGCCUACUCCCACCAGUCGGAAAAUGAUGAGCUUGGAGGAGGUGGAAGCGCAAAUGCGUCACAGCAGUCACGCAGUGCCACCAGCAGGAGAUGCCUUCCUUAGAUCUAUGGUCGAGCCCCAGUAUCACCCACAACCCCAGCACCUUCAGGCAAUUCCCGAUGGGUACCCACCUGUCCACCCAGAGUUCUUGCAGGCGCAGCUGAGACAAGGUCACCUCCCUCAGAUGGCCCACCCACCACCUGGUAUGCCAGAGCUCUAUGGUGGGCCAGGCAUUAUGCCACCGGGUGGACCACUGCACAUGGCGCAAAACAUCAAUGCUCCUCCGCAGAACAUGCCACCUCCUGGCCCGCGCCCCACCGGCCCCCAGGUUCAACGCCCUCCCCAGCAGCCUCCACAGCACCAGCAGCUGCCGCCAAACCGGGUUUCUAACAAUGGAAUGCCUGUCAUCACCGACCCGCAGCAGCUCGCGCAUCUCACCCCCGAGCAGCGAAAUGCUUAUCUGAUGGAGGAUGCCAAGCGGGCGAAGCGCAACCACAAGAUCUUCCUCUUGUCCCGCGGCAAUGGCUUGAUGACUCCUCAAGAUAAAAAUUUCAUCACUCGUAUUCAGCUACAGCAGCUUGUCGCAGCAGCGGGAAGUAUAGCAGAUUCGGAUCCAGAAGCCGUUCUGGCCGAAGAUUUCUAUUACCAGGUGUGCAGCCAGAUUCGUGGCGCGCCGCGCCAACACCCCCACCAACCGCUCGGACACUUCGCGCAGACCUACCUCCUCCAAACGGGCAACCGACUCGGCGGGCAUCGCCGUGGUAACUUCCAAAGCGCCGACAACCACAUGCAGCGCAUGCAGCAACAGGUUCAGCGCGCCGUGGAAGCGGCCAAGGCUAAGCCCAAGAACAAGCAGCUUAUCAUCGAAGGCAGUCUGGGCAAGAUUGCCUUCAGCAACGCUAAGGCGCCCAAGCCGAUGUUGAACAUCAAGCGUCCGGACAGUGCAGAUGGCCCGAAACCCAAGAAGCUUCAGUCUAGCCUCAGCCUUAGUGAUCGCAAGUCGAUCCUUACCAACGUUGAGCAUGUAUACAGUGCAUUGAUGGCAAUGGAAGAUAUGGAACGGACGAUGCCCCCACCCCCGGAGGAGGGCGACGCUGAGGCCAUCCAAGAACAUAUGGAAUGGCGACAGAAACUUCACUCUCUUAACCAAAAGCUGUGGCGUUCACUGAAAGUGAUGGAGCCCAUUGUUCCCAACUCGACGACACCCCACCCCUUCAUCGCAUUUCUCUCAUACCCUAAGGGUAAGAAGGCUAUUCCUCGCAUCUUCCGUCACAUCGACCAGGAACAGCGAGUCACCAUUCUUACCAUGAUUGUCGUUCACCUCGACAGCCUGGAUGUGGUUCGCCUUGCCCAGCCCGUGCCAGGUGAGGCUCAACCAUCGCUCGGCAUGCGCGAGGCUAUUGAUUUGUUCUCAUUGGCCGUCAUGCCCUGCCUUCUAGGCUACGUGAACGAGGCGCCGUUCAACAUCAUCAUUGGUCUGCUUGGAUUGGUUAUCAACCAAACUCAUGUGCAGACUGUAGCCCGAACUAAGGUUGGUCUGGGCAUCUUGACAAUGCUGCUCAGCCGUGCCGAAAUUGUCAAGGAGGCUGGCCAAGCUUCCGAACACGAUUGGCAGCAGUGGGUGGAGAAGUUUAAUGUUCUCUUCGAUACUUUGGAACCUGGCUUGAACGACACCUUCCCCGGAACCAUUAGCUCCGGUGACGAUAUGUACGUUUGGCAGUUCCUUGCCGCUGUCGGUAUUGGUGCCAGUCCCGAGCAGCAGCAGCGCUUGGUGAUUGCCGUUAAGGAUCGCGUGAUGGAAACCGUGGGUUACAGCAAGACCCUCCCAGCCGAUAUGGGCAGUCAGCGCUUGAGUAAUGUCAACCUGUUCAUGCGUGCCAUUGGUCUGGACGUUGAACUCCUCGGUUAAAUAACGCCCGUUAUGUGGGUAAUCUUGAUUUCAGAUUUCAGUCUCGGAUAGCAGUUCUCGUUGCGGGUCCGGCCCCGUUUUGCGAGCAUUUCCGCCGACUUCAGACCUCACCUCUAGCACCAAAUGGGCUAGACAUUGAGUCUGUACAUCACUGCCAUUCGCCGUCUACAUCUACACGAGUAAUGGGGACUCAUGAUAAAUGAUUAGAAGGGGAUAUAGGCCCAGGUUCUUAACAUCUGCAGGAACCUUUUUUUUUUAUUAUUUCAAUACCAAUUUCACCUGUUCAAAUGUUCCAAUUUAUUUUCGGGUGAAUGUUCUAAGUACAUAACUGCCAAAGAGCCGAAGUGGCCCGUUGCCGAGACCCCGGGAACGGCUCUGGACCCUGAACGUGGGCCCAAAUGCGGCAGCUCAGGCCAGAUCGCACGAUGUAUGCGGCUUCGGACAUUUUCCCAAUGCAUGUACGAAUAGGUUGUGGUUGCAUCUAAUUGCGCAUUUCUUGCGCAUUUCUAAAGUUUUUGAUGAAAACAGAAGUGCAUUCAAGAGUAUACUUUGGGAAGCAAUUAACUUUCGAAGUAAACAGGUACGGAGUAAACAAUCAGCGAAACUACUCGUAAAUAAACAGGGCCUACUAGUCACAGUCAAUUGGUCAGGGGUAAAUAACUUAUAUGGCACGAUCGACAGUAGAUGAAGCAAAAAUUAAGAUGAAAUUAAGAUGAGAAGGUGAAGAUGAGCAGGGCCGCGUCAUAAGAGUAGAAGGGCCACCCCACCAUUUUCCCCUUAAAAGCUGCCCCUCGCCCGCUUUUGACUUCCCCAUACCUCUCUCUAUCUACUCAUCAUGUCUGCUGGUUCAGUUCUUGUUGCUGGUGGCACGGGCUACAUUGGCUCGUUCACCACCCUUGCCCUCCU